ACAAGCCGAGCCGAGCCGGACUUCUAGCUUGUUGAGAUAACGAGCCGAGCCGGGCUAGCUCGUUAUCUUAACGAGUCCGACCGAGCCACUACCCCUAUCCACAGCCUCAUCCUCCAGUCGGCAGUUCGGCGGUGUUCGGCACUGUGUCACCGCCGGUUGGCAGGGCUGACCUCGGCCGCCGCCGACGCGCAGCGUCAGCCUUUCACGACCGCGAGCGGGCUCUCCUCCAAGGAGCUCGGUUCCACGGCCGACGGUGCAGCAACUGAGGGAGAGAGCAGAGAGAGGGGAGAUGGAAGGUCUCACGGGCAGCGAGGUCGCCGGCUUCGUGGUGGGUGCCCUGCUGCUCGGCGCCACCAUCGCUGCUCCCAAGGUCGACGGAUUCAUUGCCUCCUCCCAAAGAAGGUCACUAGGUAUGUGUAAGAGGUGUGGUGAUCUUCGGAUAGUAGCGUGCUCACAAUGCAAAGGAAUUGGCUCAGUUCGGAAAGGAGGAAUGCUUAACCUGGGCAUGCUAGAUGAUCUUUACGAAUCACUUGGGGCUGAAGCCAAGACUGAUAAUUUGAUCCCUUGCACAAAGUGCAGAUCCAAAGGUCGUCUCUUGUGUCCGGAGUGCUCGAAGAUCGCAUGACCAUUCAAUAAUACGAGCGGUGCAAGGAAAUAUAAAAGGCUAUCAGUAUGCUCAUAAAUUCUGCUGCUUUAAUGUGUCAACGAACUGGUGAUGCUACACUCAAAUGCAGUCUGUUUUUUCUUCUUCAUGAUUGCAUUGCAUCUUGAUGUUCAGUUGUAAACUGCAAGUUUGAACCUGGGUGGUCGAGGCACCCUCAACCAGCUAAGCUAGGCUCAGCUUCCUAAGCAUGUUGAUAUGUCUUGCAUUGAGAUAGUGGGUACAAGCGUUACGGUGAGUUGUUAAAUGUACCAACUAGAAUCUGAUGUUUCAGGGCCAUCCCUAGCUAGUACUUUGAGAGAAAUUCAAUAUGUUAUGCUCAAAUGACAUAUUAUCAAAAUUAUAUGUUAAUGCCAAAGUUCAAGUGUUUACACA